GUGUACGAUUCUCCCAUUUCGAAUUUAAAACGGAUUGCUUCGGGUGUUUAUUUUUAAAACUAAAAAUGUUCACACAAGAAUCUUCAUCACGAACGCGAAAACAAAAUGAAUCAAUCAUAAGAAUGAUUCAACAAGACAUUGUAAAAUCAGAUUUGCAUGUGAAAGCUUAUAUACAAGACAUCAGAGAGUGCAGUGGCCCCACUGAAGUAUUGAAUAUAAUGAAUAUGCAAGUAUCAGAAAACAUGAAAGCCAUGAAAAAAGCUAUUGAAGAAUUAGAAGUCCUUGCCAGAGAAGUGGACAGUGAAUCAGACAAACAUGAACUUGUUAAAGAAGUGGAAAAACAUCGUAAACAAUACGCAAGUAAUCAAUUAGCUCUCCGAAAAGCUAAUCUUGCGUGUCAGACAAUUAUUGACAAACAAAACAAAGAAGAACUCUUUGAAAGGACUACUACGUUACCACGCAAACGAGUUCGAGCUGACAAAGAUAGUUUAGUAAAACAGUCAUCUACCAUCACAGAUAGCUUGGUUGCUCUCAAUAAUAUGAUGAGUAUACAAGUGAAACAGAGUGAAGAAGCUUUACACACUUUAGCUAGCUCAUCGACGGUGGUUACUGACACUAAAGAAGAAUUUAAAACUAUGGGCAGUGCCAUAAAUCAGUCUAAGAGUUUGCUCCAAAAGUAUGGAAGACGUGAAGUGACGGACAAAGUUGUACUCAUAGUUGCAGUUUUAUUUUUUUUGUCGUGUAUAUUUUACAUAGUGCAAAAAAGAUUGUUUUAGCACAUCAAUGUUGAGUUAUGGAUCUCUUCACAAAACCAAAAUCUGACAUUUAUGUUUGCAAUUGAAUCAGAUAUAACUAAAGGACUUAAUGACUUUGUUGAAACUUGUUGAGUAUCAAAAAAUAUUUUCUAAACAAAAUGUUUUUAUGAACUACAUUAUUGCAAUGAAAAUUUGUUGGUGUGCACAUAAAUCAUUUUUGUUAAAAGGGCGUAAGUCAACACUGUUCCGUAAAUUUACUCGCUCCCUACCAACAAAACCUAUAAAUAUUAUUUCAGAAGAAUUAAUUACAUAAUAUUCAGUAACAUAUAGAAAAAUUAUGCAAGUCUCUAACAGGGAUUUUUUUUAGAAGCAUGUAAAGUAAAAUAUUUUGAUUUUUAAUUAAUGCAUUCCCCAAUUAAAUUAUUUUAGAUAAGAGACCACCCUGUGAAAAAAAUGUUUAGAGGUUUUGUUAAUCUUGUUUAAUGAUUGGGUAAAUUAUUAUAGCAUACAGUCCCUAAUUUUAUCUACAACUCAUUGAAAUUAAACAUCUUCAUUCAAGAUUGUUGCUCUUUCAUCUUCUUAAAUGAUUUUAUAUUUUAUGAUAGUAUGAUACUUAUUUGCUUUGAAAUGCGCCAAUUUUGAUAUUGUCAUAAUUUAGUUAAUGUGCAGAACGUUUGAAAAUGUUUGAUAGAAAAAGGAUUUUAAACGUACUAUUAAUUGAUAAUAGCUGAAGAACGGACAAAAUAAUUUUGUACUUCUAAUUUUAAAGAUUAAAUGCUUUAAACUAUAGAUAACUUUCAAAUACAGUCGAACGUUAUUAAUGAGGGCUGUAAAGUCAUGGAGUCCGACUGGUUUUGGGUUAAAGGAGCUUGGAGUCGAAAGUUUAAAAUUCCAAAAGUUGGAGUACGUCAUUUUCCCUCACAGUCUUCAACUCUUCCAGUGCUUGCCAAGUUGGAGUCUGAUUUGCUGUAAAGAAGUCAGUCAAAGACUAAAAUUCCCAAGACCGGUCAUUUUCCCUCAAACUCUGCAGCCCCGAGUGUAGUUAGUCUUAGCAGUAAUUCGUUUUAAACAUGUUCGAAUAAAUUAGGUUCAACAGUAUAUAAACACUUUGUAUGUGUUUGACUUUCUCUCUUUUAAAAUGAUAAAAUGUAUUGUAAUAACAUUAUUUACUAGAUUUCAUUGCAUAAUUGUAAUCUUGUAAUAUUUUCUCUAGUGUAAUAAAAAUUGAA